AUGCUGCUUUCAGAUGAAAAAGGUAUUAUGGAAGAAGGAAGCAGUGUUGCAGUAUUGAUGCCAAAUAUUGGGGAACAGGAAGCUGUGCUGAUUUCUGAAACAGUCAUUGGCCCAACACUGCAGAACAGUGAAGAUCAGAGAAAAUGUAAAACUGAUCCACUAAUCCAUGUUAUCCAGAAACUAAGCAAAAUAGUUGAAAGUGAGAAGUCACAAAGAUGCCUUUUAAUAGGGAAAAAACGUUCCCAUCCCAAUGCUUCUGCAGAGUCCUUUGAUGCAGACAAUCUUUGUGAAAUCCCAGCUAAAGCAAUUGAGCUAUCUGUUAUUGCUACUAAAAAGACUGAAGAGUUGCAAGCAGAUUAUUUUGUGACUGAAUGUCUUCCGCAAAGCAAAAAAAAGGUGACGUGCUACCAGUGUAGUCUGUGUAAGUUUCUAUCACCUUCUCUCUUAGCACUACAAGAACAUAUAAAACAACAUGGGCAGAAAAAUGAAGUGAUAUUAAUGUGCUCAGAAUGUCAUUUUGCUUCCAAAAGCCAAGAAGAACUUGAAUCCCACUUCCAAAAUGACCAUGAGAAUGAUGGUAAAAAUAGCAUCCAGACAAAAGUGCAGCAAUGUGUAAAUGUCGCAAGUUCAUUUUUGCAAGGGCCAGUGGAAGGAAGUGUCAAAUCAGGGACUGAUCAGGCAGGAAAUCUGGAAUGUAAAGAUAUAAUUCAGUCUACUCAUAUGCCUAAAAUGGGUAGGAGAAAAUGGUAUACUUAUGAGCAGUAUGGCAUGUACCGGUGUUUAAUUUGUCGGUACACCUGUGGUCAGCAAAGAAUGUUGAAAACACACGCUUGGAAACAUGCGGGUGAGGUUGAUUGCUCCUAUCCCAUCUUUGAGGAAGAAAAUGAAACUACCAACUUGUCAGAGACAAUUGUAACUCACACACCUCAUAGCGUGGAUACAGUUGUUCUUUCUUUGGAAAACAGUGAACUUGAUAUCCAUAGUGAACCUUCUCUUCAACUUCAGAUUUGCAAUUCUGAGCAACUGUCAUGUAAAUCGCCAGUAGGAACAAAUGUAAAAGAGGAAGAGAUGUUAAAUCAGUCUGUAGUGCAUUCUCCUACUACAGAGGUUUUAGAGGAGACUGUAUCAGAUACAGAACAGGAUAAUAUGGUAACUGAUAGCCUACUUUCAUCAGCACAGAAAAUCAUCAAUUGUAGUCCAAAUAAAAAGGGUCACGUUAAUGUAAUAGUAGAGCGUUUGCCAGGUGCUGAAGAAAGUGUCUUACAGAAACCUUUCUUGAUGAACACUGACAUUGAAACAGAAAAAAAAUUUAUCUCAGAGGAGUCCCAUGUUACCUGUGAAGAACCUGAUGAAGUUUAUCGUUCAGAUGAAAUUCAAGAAGUAAUAAUAGGAUGGAAUAAUACCGAGAAGAAAGAUAAUGAAUUAAGCUCUAAUAAAAAUGUAACAACUGAUGAAAAUGUGCCUCCUGCACGAAGAAGGACAAAUUCAGAGUCUUUACGACUACACUCAUUAGCUGCAGAAGCUCUUGUUACAAUGCCUAUCAGAGCUGCAGAACUAACAAGGUCUAGCUUCAGGACUCUGACUGGAGAAGAUGCCAUGGAUGCAGGUGCAAGGCAGGGAGAAGCUGAUGGCCCAUGCAUGGCUCAUUCUAAAGUGGUAUCCUCACUUAAGAAUCCUUCAGAGGAGUUUAGUGGCUUAAACCAAAGUGAAUGUGCAAUAGUUGAGAUACAGAAAGAAAGGCCAGAGUUAUCAGAAGCACCAAUUAAAAUGGGCAUCAGUAUGUCACUACUCACUGUCAUUGAAAAACUGAAGGAGCGGACGGAUCAGAAUGCUUCUGAUGAUGACAUACUGAAAGAAUUACAAGACAACGCACAAUGCCAAAAUGCAAAUGAUGCAAAUAUUCCUGGAAGUAACCUAGUAGAAUAUAUACCUAAUGUAGAUCGACCCUACCGCUGUCGCCUCUGCCAUUAUAGCAGUGGUAAUAAGGGCUACAUAAAACAACACUUGAGAGUCCAUCGUCAGAGGCAGCCAUACCAGUGUCCUAUCUGUGAACACAUUGCUGACAAUAGUAAGGAUUUAGAGAGCCAUAUGAUCAACCACUGCAAAACAAGAAUGUAUCAGUGCAAGCAAUGUGAGGAAUCCUUUCAUUAUAAGAGCCAACUGCGAAAUCAUGAAAGAGAACAACACAGUCUUCCAGAUAUCUUUUCAACAGCUACAUCUAACAAACUAAUAGUUUCCAACGAAGUAGAUGAAAGAGAAGGAAAUAAGACUUCAGUUCAGAAACUGUAUAGAUGUGAUAUAUGUGACUACACAAGCACAACUUACGUUGGUGUACGAAAUCACAGACGAAUUCAUAACUCUGAUAAGCCAUAUAGAUGUCGAGUAUGCGACUUCGCCACUACAAAUAUGAAUAGCUUGAAAUGCCAUAUGAGGCGCCACCCCCAGGAGCAUCAGGCAGUGCAGCUAAUGGAACAGUACAA